AUGUCCAUCUUCGUCCUCGCUUACGCUCUCGGUCCCCUUGCAUGGGGCCCUCUUUCGGAACUCUACGGUCGCAUCAUUGUCCUGCAACUGACAAAUCUCUUCUAUAUGUUCUUUAACCUGGGCUGUGGCCUGGCCCAGACCAAAGGCCAGAUGAUUGCGUUCCGCUUCCUGGCCGGACUCGGCGGCUCCGCUCCCAUGGCCAUCGGCGGCGGCGUCCUCAGCGAUCUCUUCACAGCCGAGGAGCGCGGUCGCGCCAUGGGCAUGUACUCCCUGACGCCGCUCCUCGGUCCGGCCCUCGGUCCCAUCGCCGGCGGCUACGUCACGCAGGAGACCACGUGGCGCUGGAUCUUCUACAGCACGACCAUCCUCACAGCCACCAUCCAGGCCGUCGGCUUCUUUGUGCUCCAGGAGACUUUCACGCCCGUCCUCCUCGCGCGCCGCAAGGCCCGCCUCAUGAAGCAAACGGGCAACGAGGCCCUCCACACCGAGUUUGACCACCCGGACCGCACCGUACGCGCCACACUCGCCACGGCCCUGACGCGGCCCUUCCGCCUGCUCGCGACGCAACUCAUCAUCCAGACCCGCGUCUACGCCCUGGUCAAGCGCCGCCGCGGCGCCGGCGUCGGCCGCCCCGAAUUUCGCGUGCCCAUGAUGGUGCCCGGCGCCGUGCUCGUGCCGGCCGGCCUGCUCGUGUACGGGUGGACGGCCGAGGCGCGCACGCACUGGAUGGGCCCCAACGUCGGCGCUGCCCUGUUUGCCAUGGGCACCAUUAUCGGCUUUCAGUGCGUGCAGGGGUUCCUCGUCGACUCGUACACGCGAUAUGCCGCGAGUGCCGUCGGCGCGGCAACUGUGCUCCGGAGCCUGGCGGGGUUUGGCUUCCCGCUGUUCGGACCGGACGUCUACGCGAGCUUGGGGUACGGAUGGGGAAACACGGUGCUGGCGGGCGUGGGUGUUGUUAUCGGGUGGCCUGGCCCGUGGCUGCUGUGGAGGUUUGGCGAAGGGUUGAGGAAGAAGAGCCCUUAUGCAGCUGGGGCGUGA